GAGUGACUCCAAGAACCCUGAAGAUUAAGUCCUGUGUCAGCUUCUGGGGAAAAAACAUCACAUGUUACUGGGAUCUUCUACCCGAGAUGGAUUCUCCAACUACGUACACCCUCCAGGUCACAGAAGAAGCUGGACGCUGCCGGGGAGAUUUUGGCAUUAUCAAGCAUUGCGUGGCUGAUCAAGGGGAACGUUCAUGCGGGAUUCCUGUGGAGAACCUCUUUGCUUUCUACAAAAUCAAGCUGAUUGCACAGAAUCGGCAGCUGCGGGCUGACUCCUCGGAGAAGUGCGUCCACGGGAUGAGCAUCGUGAAGCUGAACCCACCAGUGUUGAAUGUCAUUGCGCACCAAAGCCGCUGCCUCCAGCUAGAGUGGAACCUGCCUGGGGAUGAGCUGAUGUCCGCAACCGAAGCCCAGUACGAGAUCCAGUACCAUGACUUGGUGGAGAUGUCUUCGAUGCAGGUAAAUUUUACAGCAGUGGAGAAUGUACCCGUUUUUGCAAACAUCUGUGGGUUAUUCCCCUUUACCAACUACUCUGUCCAAGUACGUGCAAAAUAUCUGCCCAGCUUUGCUUUCCAAAGUGAUGGAGGUCCCUUUUGGAGUGACUGGAGUUUGGAGAAAUUUGCAAGAACCCUGCCUGCAGUUCCAUCCCGAGGACCAGCUUUCUGGAGAAAACUAGGAAGCCCCGGUGCUGACAAAAAGAGAGUGGUUGUCCUGAUGUGGAAGCCCUUGAAGCCGAAGGAAGCAAAUGGUGAGAUUUUGGGGUACAGCCUCCACUCACAGAGAAAAGGCGAGCCAGUGGUGCCCAGGUACAUCACACACAACCUGCAGUGUAGCCUGCUCCUCCCAGCCAGAGAAGAAUUCAUCUUCUUUCUCACCGCCAAAAACACUGUGGGCGUCUCUCCUCCAUCCAAGCUUGUGAUCCCAGCACUCCGUAACCCAGAAGCCCCGCCCUCCACUCUGCCCCUCCUUGCAUCUCCGGCAGGAGACCAUGCCCUCCUCCUGCAGUGGCCCCUUCCCAGCACCCCAAAAAUGGACUUCAUUCUGGAGUGGAAUAAGCUGCCCAUGAAGGAAGGGGGUGACUCACACUGGCAGUAUCAGCCAGAGAAUGUCAACCAGGCAGUCAUUACUGAAACCAUAAAGCCAGGGAAUCUCUAUGCUCUGAAGAUCUUUGGACUCUUAGAUGGAAGUCUUGGGGCCUUUGGUUCUUCUCGUGCUUACUCCAAGCAAAUUGCUCCACUUCGUGCCCCAACUGUAUAUCCCACUCAGGUCUGGAAAUCUUGGGUGGAACUGCAGUGGGAGAAGCUUCCUUUGGAAGAACAAGGUGGAGAGAUCCGGAACUACACUAUUUACUACAAGGAAGAGGGGAAGGAUGACUAUCGGACCGUGGUGCUGGACAGCUCAGUGCAUCGCUACGUCAUCAACGGCCUGGCCCCCGGUGCCAUCGUGAGGGUGUACAUGGUGACUGCCAAUGAAGGUGGGAGCACCAGAGGCUCGAUGCUGUCCAUCCGCACCAAGAACUACGAUUACGGGGAAGUUGAAAUCCUGCUCUCAGUUAUUUGCGUAGGGUUUAUUAUUCUCCUUGUAGGAAUUCUGCUCUGCCUCUCCAGACGUCAAUCACUUUGCAAGUAUCUGUGGCCACAGAUCCCAGAUCCCGGAAAAAGCAAUCUGGCUAUCUGGAUGCCACAGAACACGUGUCUGGACUUCACUUCUCACUGCAAUGAGAAAUGGAGCCAGGCUUACUUUGGUGUGUCCAUCACUGACCUCAUAAAAGUCUUUCCUCCUCAACCUGAAGAAGAAGUCUUCCUUGGAAAGCAGUGGCUGGUUGAGGUUGAGUCUCCCAAGGCUUUGCAGAAGGUGAUCAAAAAUGGGAUUGCAUCAUGGGAACCUGAAGAUCAGCAGCUCCAGAAACCUCUAGCAGCUUGGAAUGAGGUGGAAUACUCCAGGGUACUGGUGGUCAAAAACAACCGUGGCCCAGGUGAAACCUGGAGCAGCCCUUCUUGUAUGUGGUCCAUGCCCAGUUGCUGGGAUCUGGCCAGUACUUGCCCUGAGUCCCCGUUUGGUCAACAGUUCUGGGUGCAGAAUUUGACCUAUGAGACCUUAUUAGAUGUCACGUCACAUAACAGGGCAACCGAUGAAUCCACAGGUGAAUUUCCACUCCUGGUCAGUCUGGUGGCAGUGGAGGGAGAGUUGCAUUCUGCUGAACAAUCACACACCUAA